CAAUAUCGCUCAUAAAUAAAAGUGGUUUUAUUUAUACAUCAGAACGUUCAACAAAACCAAGCUCAGAACAUGAAUCUGUAAUAUCAAUGUUAAUAAACUCAGGAAGAUAAUGUUCGUAUCGAACCGCAAAGUGAGUCACGUUCACACAAACAGGACAAACUGUACAUUAGUAGUGCAUCAGUUCAGAGGAAUACUACGGAUAAUAAGCAUGGCACCAAUCUCGCUCAAAAUAGUUUUGGACGAUGGUGCCGUCACCAGGACUCUGAUGUUCGACACCACCACCAAAGUGGAACAUGCUCACCAGAUCGUUCGUGAGAAAAUAAUCACCAUAGAUCCCGAUAAAGAAUAUGGUUUCUUUCUAACGUCGGCUGAUGAUGAACGCUCUGGUAUCUGGUUGGAAGGUGACAGAACGCUGGAGUACUAUAUGCUGCGAGACGGAGAUUCUCUAUUUUAUUUAAUAAAGAUACGAAAUCUCAGACUGCGAAUGUUAGAUGGAUCAGUUAAGACGCUUCAAGUUGAUGAAUCAAAAAGUAUACAAGACAUAAUGGUCCAUAUCUGUGAUAGGAUCGGCAUCCCUAACAACGAGGAAUACGGUUUGUGCCGCGAAGAAUCAGAGCCGAAAGAAGAAUCAAAAUUUUCAACUGGCACUUUAACCUUGAAAAAGAAGACCAUUCAGAGGGAAAAAGACGCGAAAUUGGAACAGCUUAGCAAAAAGUUGAAAACGGAUGAUAACGUGGAAUGGCUGGACCAGCAUAAAACCUUACGCGAAUCUCAAGUAGACCCAAAGGAGACCUUACUCUUCAAACGCCGCCUGUUCUACUCAGACCGCAAUGUAGACUCCAGGGAUCCGGUUCAGUUGAAUCUUCUCUACGUCCAAACCCGUGACGCAAUCCUGGAUUGCAGACAUGUUGUCACUGAAGAUAAAGCGGCUGAAUUCGCUGGGAUACAAUGUCAGGUCCAGUACGGAGAUUUUCAAGAAGACAAACACAAGCCUGGAUUCAUUGAAAACUUGAAAGAAUUCCUCCCGGAGCAAUACGAAUCUUCAUGGGGUAUUGAGAAGAAGAUCAUCAAGGAGCACCGAAAACAUCAAGGUCUCAGCCAAAUAGAAGCGAAACACAUUUAUACGAAGACCGCGAGAGAGUUGCCGACGUAUGGUGUCACUUUCUUCCUCGUUAAGGAAAAACAAAAAACCAAAAAGAAGCUUGUACCGAGAUUACUAGGGAUCAACUCAGAAUCGAUCCUGCGACUAGACGAGGAGACAAAAGAGAUCCUGCAGGUCUGGCCCCUCACUCAAGUCAAGAGUUACCGAGCUGGAAGUGAAUCAUUCACGUUAAAUUUUGGAGACUACAGUGAAAAAGAAUACGCAGUGAAGACUAAUGAGGCCUUCCGAAUAAGAGAUAUUCUUCAGGGCUACAUCGAUAUCAUUCGGAAGAGGCUGGCUGCACCAUACAAUGUCACUCACACUGAGGGCGAGGUAAUUUGUGAGGAAAUGGUUGAAAGUUCUCGAGGAACUUUGACACAAAAUGUGGUCGCAUCUAAAGUACAAACACACUCGCUUAUCGGUCCGAGUCAAAUAAUAUCCGUUGAUCAAGGACAACAGUCACAAAUGGGAACUAAAAUAGUGACAGUGCAUGAGGUUAUAACAUCCAGACAAGGAGACAGAAGCCAGCAAGCAAUGAGAGGUGAACUCAAGAGGUCGAAUAGUAAAGUUCAUGAUUUUGAUAAGAAACUCAAUCGACUUAACUCUGAGUCGGUCAGGACUGUCGUUCUGCUCUCAGAUCCCACCAAGGACAACAUCGCGGAAGUUAGAAACAUCGUAAACGGCUUCAAGGAAAACUUACCGGGCAUAUUAAAAGGUGCAAAUGAAACAGCAGCCAACUUAAAAGGAGACCAGUCAAAGAAACUUCUAGAAGAAUUAGACGAACUAUGUGCAUAUAUCAAUACUUUGGUCUCCACGACGAUGAAAAGUGACCUUAGCGAUCCAGACAAUCUAAUGACGGCUCAAGAUACUGCAAGAAAAAUUGCAGAUUUAUCUACACAGAUGUUCUUCUCUUUGGAUCCAAAAAGUAAAAGACGCAGUCAAUUGCUCAGGCGUUCCCGAAAUAGUUUCAUCUUAGACGAGAAGACUGAAGCCUCUCUUCGACGUGCCUCCUUUAUAACUGCUGCUGAUAACGCAUGUCAAGCUGUUGAACAUGCUAAAGUUGAAUUAGAUGAGGAAUACAAUGGUCCUCCACUCACCGAUGAAGAACAGAAAAGAUUGGAACUUAAAACUGUUGACAAAAUGGGCAAAUUAAAUGCAGCUAUAGCAUUGCUUCUUAACGCUCAUGCUGAUCCGAAAAAAAUUGACUAUGAAAUGGCUGUGAAUUCUAUGAAAACAAUCCAUGAGCUAGUACCGGACUUCGUCGAAGAUUCUAAAUCUCUUUUGUCUGUUGGAAAUGAAAGUACAAAUAAAAAACUCAGAGGUCAAAUAAUACAACUGCUAGAUGGUGCACGAAAUAUGUGCAUGCUUACUGGAUCAAAUGACGUUAAUAAAAUGCAUGAUGUGGGUAACAAUUACGCAGAUGUGUCCAAAAAACUUAUUUUUACAUUUAAACGACCAGAUCAUACGGUAGAUUCUAAUGGCACUAUGGACCCUGAAAACCAGAUUUUGGCAAUAGCUAAGGAAGUCGGAGAGAAAGUGUCCCUGCUUCUCAUGGAGGCUGAUGAGUUGAAUAAUCUAGAAUCUAACGAUCCUCCUUCAGAGAAUUUAGAUGCUGCAGGAGUGAAAUGCGCUGAUGCUACUCAAGGUCUCUUAGCAUGUGCCAAGCUUACUGCGCCUACAAUCCACGAGCCUCACUGCCAAAGUGCUUUAACAGCAGCAGCCGAGAAUCUUUCAUCAUCAGCUCAGAAUCUAGCCGUAACGUACAAACCAUUAGUGGAUAAGCCAGGCAGGCACGGUUUUGCUAAACAAUUAGCUGAUCGAGUUUUCGAUCUUGCUAAGGCUCUAGAUAAACUGAAGGGUGCUUAUGCUAACUUAAAUGUGAAAAACAAUGAUGUACCUGACGCUGAUGAAUCAGAGCUACAACAAAAUCAACGACUACAAUUCGUUGUGACGUCAUCUGCAGCUAAAAAUGGUUUGGAUGAUGCAAAUAAAGAAUUAAAGGAGAUGAUCGAAAUGCUAACAGAACCCAGUGAUACAACGAAAACUAAAAACCCUGAUGCCCGACGCCUCUUAUCUGAAAAAAUGGCACAGUUGAAUGCAGCAAUCGCAUCUCUACUUCAGGCUACUUCUGAUGCAAGAAGACCUGACUAUGAUACUGCAGGAACAGCAAUCAAUGCUAUUUGUCAUCUUACUCCAAACAUCAUCAAUGAAACAAAAGCAUUACACGGUAAUAUCGACGACAAUUCCUGGCCAGAAAUAACAGAAAAUCUGAAAGAUAUGCUUGAAGCAAUACGUGGUCUUUGUGGUAGCGCUGAAGACUGUAAUAUUGGGGAAUUGAAUGAGGCUGCAUCCAAAAUUGCAAAUUCUUCUGGUAAAUUAACCUUCAUAUUUAAUCCUCGGCGUAAUGCAAGAAAAGAAGAUGAUGUUCUACAACUGUCGAGAUCUGCUGUGGAUCAAACUUCUCACUUACUAGCCAAUGUGGAUCAACUUGCAAAGAGAGUUGGUGGAGAUGAGGGUACCACACUAGAUACAGCUGGAGUACAAGUAGUUGAUGCUGCACAACAAUUACUGAAGACUGCAGAGAUAACAGCACCAAGUAUGGAUGACGCUCGCUGUCAAGCAGUAUUACUAUCGGCAAUAGAUCGUCUUUCCGAUCGUGCUAGAAAUUUGGAACAAUCUUGGAAGCCUAUAAUCCAAUCUCCUGAACAUCGUCAAUCUGGAGAACUAAUUACCCAGGGUCUCAAACAAGUAAAUUUAUCUCUUGACAAAUUAAAAGAAACUUGUCAAGCUUAUGAAGGGCAAGAUUAUGACGUUCCUAAGGUUUGGGACUCCGAGGAAGAGCAAAAAGAACGACUUAAAUUCAUCGUUCCAACAUCAGCAGCUAAGACUGCUUUGAUGGAUGCGGAUAAAGAAAUGCAGGAAAUAUUAAAAACACCAUUGGCAAACAAAAGUCCCUCAGUAAGAAAUCCUAAUGCACGACGUCUUUUAUCUGAAAAGAUGGCGCAGUUGAAUGCUGCUAUUGCCUCCUUAGUCCAAGCGACUUCUGAUGCAGACAAUCCUGAUUACCGUACAGCAGGAACAGCCGUUAAUACAAUUUGUCAGCUUACUCCACACAUCAUCAAUGAUACAAAAGCACUACACGGCAAUGUUGAUGAUAAUUCCUGGCAAGAAAUAACAGAAAAUUUGAAAGAUAUGCUUGAAGCAACACGAGGAAUUUGCGGUAGCGCUGAAGACUAUAAUAUUGGAGAGCUGAAUGAGGCCGCAUCCAAAAUUGCAAAUUCUUCUGGAAAAUUAACAUUCAUUUUCAAUCCAUGUCGUAAUGCAAAGAAAAAAGACGAUGUUUUAAACUUAUCGAGAUCUGCUGUCGAUCAAGCUUCUCAGCUGCUGGUCAAAGUAGAUGAGCUCGCAAACAGUGUUGGUGGAGAUGAAGGCACCAUACUAGACACAGCUGGAGUGCAAGUCGUUGAUGCUGCACAGCAAUUGCUAAAGACUGCUGAGAUAACAGCACCAAGUAUACAUGACGCUCGUUGUCAAGCAGUAUUACUAUCAGCGAUGGACCGUCUUUCUGAUCGUGCAAGAACUAUGGAACAAUCGUGGAAGCCUUUAAUCCAAGCACCUACAUAUCACAAAUCUGAAGAGCUGCUAAAUCAUGGUCUAAAUGAAUUAAAUAAAGCUUUAGAUAAACUGAGAAAAGCCUGUCAAGUUGUCAAUGAAAAAGAUGAAGGUGAUGUUACUGAGGAUGAAUCAAGAGACAACGAAGACAAGACUCGAAUCCAAUUUACCAGAACAUUAAAAGCUGCCAAAUCAGCUAUGGUGGACUCAGCGAGAGAAAUUAAAAAUGCAGAUCUACCAUUAAAUAAAAUGCAUGAAAACGAUAUUAAGAAGAAUAACAUUCUAGCAACUAAUAAUUUAAUAUCUCAAAAGCUAGCGAAGUUGAAUGCUGCUAUCGCAACUCUGCUUCAAGCUACUUCAGACCGUGAAAGACCUGACUACGAUGAAGCUAUAAGAGCAAUCAACACCAUUACAAGUCUCACUCCUGAUAUUAUAAAAGAUGUAAAGCCCCUUCAUAGUAGCCUGGAUGACAAAUCUUGGAAGAACAUAACGGAUAAUCUCAAAUCUAUUGUUGACACAACUAGUGAGAUUUGCGAUAAUGUUGAUAAUCCACAGGAAUUAAAACAAUCAGCAUCUAAAUUUGCUAACUCCGUUAGUAAAUUGUCAUAUGUUUUUAACCCACGCAAUAAUCAAAGGAAAGAAAACCAGAUUCUAGAUUUAUCCAGAGACGCAGUGGAACAGAUGUCUUUGUUGUUGUCAAAUGUGUAUCAACUAGCCGAGGGUGUUGAUGGUGACGACGGCGAGAAACUUGACAAAGCUGGAGUGAACGUUGUUGAUUCUGCACAGAUGCUGCUGAAAAUUGCUGAGAUAACAUCACCAAAUAUCAGCGAUGAACACUGCCAAGCGGCAUUACUAUCAUCGGUCGACCAGGCCUCAAGACUGGCUGAAGAUCUAAAGAAAACUUGGAAACCUCUCGUGCAAACACCAAAGCAUCGUCCAAUUGGGGAUCAACUUGAUCAGAAUCUCAACAUAGUUCAAAAUACACUAGACAAGUUGAGAGCAGCUUGUCAGGAAACCGAAGAUUUAGAAGAAUCGAAACCAUAUCAGCUUAGCGAUUUAUCUGAAGCGAAGAACAAAAUCAAAGAAGCUGAGAAAUUGUUUUCAGAAGAUAAAAUGUAUGAACAACGAGCCUUACAAACAGGAAACAAGAACAUGGCAACAGCUGAUAAACCUGUACUAGAAAAACGUUUGCAGCUCUCACAGAAGUUAGCUCAACUCAACGAAGCUGUUGCUCUUCUUUUGCAAGCUAUGUUAGAUCGUGAGAAUCCGGACUACGAGAAUGCAAAACAAACGAUAAAUAUUAUAUCGAACCUAACACCAGAUAUUGUUCAAGAAACUAUCAGCCUCCAGGGCAAUAUGGACGAUAACUCCCGUGAAAUAUUAUUUAAAGAAGCUAAAGGUCUGUGCAGCGCAAGUCAGGAGAUCUGCUCUAGCGUUGAGCAUAAUAAUUUAGAGGAACUCAACCAGGCUGCUACCAAAUACGCUCAAUCGUCCGGAACAAUACAUUUCAUCGUUAGUCCACGCUCGUAUCCGAAUAAAGAAAAGAAAAUUCUAGAUAUAUCACGAUCUGCUUGUGAGAGGACAUCGCUGAUGCUGUCUCGCGUGUCACGUCUCGCUGAAAGCAUUGGUGGAGAUGAGGGUGAAAAUCUGGAUAUAUCAGGAGCCAGAGUUGCUGACUCUGCGCAGACACUUCUCAGCACAGCACAGGUAACAUCACCAUCCAUCAGCGACAGCAAUUGCCAAUCAGCGUUAGUAUCUUCAGCUGAUACACUAUCAGACAUGGCUCAAGACUUGGCAAAAAUCUGGAUGCCAUUGAUCCAUAAUCCGAAGACUAAACAAAUAGGAGAACAACUCACCAGAGACUUGGAUUUAUUAAGGAAUGAACUGGAUGUACUCAAAGAGACAUGUCAAGAUAAUACUGAUUUUAAUGAAGCUUUAGAAAUACCACAACAGCAAACAAUGUACGACCAUAAAAAUAAAACAGCUCCGAAAACCGAAAACAACAUGAAAAACAUUGAUAUGCUAUUAGAAGAUAUAUACAAACAUACUAAAGGAGAAAAUAAACAGAAUCCGAUAGUCAUCGAAGACACGCCUCUGAGGCAGUUAGCCAGCAAGAUAAUGGAGUCUGCGAAGACUAAAUCCGAGUGUAUUAAAUACACAGCUGAUGAGCGGAAAAGAUUCGCAGAUAUUGCGAAUAAAUUAGCUGAUGCUAUUAACAAACUUGAUAUGGCCAAUGCGAAGUGUCGCGAUACACCGUUUAGUUCGAGGGAGAAGAAAGAAAGAGCAUUGCAGUUAGAAAAUGCCAUUUUGAACCUUCAAUUAAUAUGUAUUCAAUCCCGCCAGAAAGAUGGCGAAAUAAGCAAUAUAGUCGAUUUAACGGAGUUCGUCGAUGACGUCACAUCCGCAGUAGACGAUUUACAUGACACAACAAAAGGAAUCAAACAAGAACACGAAAAAGAAGCUAUAAAGGAAAUAAAUAAUAAAUGCCAGAAAAUAAGAGAACACGCUUCGAAACUAAUGAAUCCACAAAAUUCAAAUACAGAAGGAAACAUGUUUGACGACGUGCUUCAAAUUGACCAAUUCGCUAAGGACUGCGAUGAUCAGGUGCAAGCAAUAAAUGAAGCAUUACCCAAAAUUGAUGAUGAAAACACAAGACAAAACGUCAAGAAUAAACUUAAUGUCAUUGAAGAAAAAUGUAAUCUAUUAAGUUUUGCAGCUAAGAGCAGCAUCUCUAACGCUGAAAGUGCUACUCUAGAAGAAAGUCUUAGAAAUCUUGAAGACGUCGAGAAGAAGAUUGAAGUCAUAGUAAAAGCUAAUGAAGGUAUUUCGAAAUUGGAAAAUCAAAAUGUAGCGCGUAACAAUAGGCAGUCAAUACAAGCCGCUCAAUCAGCAUUAGCGACCGUAAUCGCAGCGGGCAAUGAAAACAAACUACCGAAGGCUUUAGCACGUUACGCGACACAAAUGAAAUGUCUGAACCAAACCAAUGACAGAAAUAGCAAGUUAAAAGAACACCUCGAUAGAUUGUUAGAUGCAUUAAAGAUGCAAAUAACGGAAAAGAAUCGACGAGUUGUGACGUGGCAGGAUGUAAACGACGGAGAAGUAUCUGAAAUCACAGAGAAGAUAUUAAAGGAACUAGAAAGCUACGCGCAAGAAGAAUCUUCAAAACACGCAGACAAUGAUACUCCCAAUGCCGUGAACGAAAAACUAAACAUCGUAAACGAUAGUGAUAUAAAGAGCUUACUUGCAUCAAACACAGAAACAGUACUUGGUGAUGAAAGAGAAUUGAAGAACAAAUUAAAUCAACAAAUUCAGAAAUUGAACUCUAUGACUGGGACUAUAAUGCUCAGUUUGGGUAAACCUGAGUCACUCGCUCGAAGCCUUCACAUUACUUCGGAAGCGGCAUCACAUUUAUCGAGUAUAGCUAGAGGACUUAAAAAUCAAGACCCAGUUCAAAAUAAAAGAAUCGAGGAAGCCGCACAGGAAAUGAGUAUCGCUACGUAUAAGCUUCUGAAGACAUCAGAAUCAGUUUGUCAUACUCCAAAACACCCUGAAUCAAGAAGAAGACUGUUAGAGGCAUGCAGCUUACUAAAUGAUUCCUUAAACAAUCUAGCUCGAGCAGCGGCUCCAGCUGAUAAAAUGCAGCGCGACUGCAGCGAGUUGGCACGCAGCUUGCAGCUGCAGCAAAGCUUCUUAACCUCUGAGAAUCCUUCUUGUGCACUCAGUUACACUGAUUGCUUUGAUGCUAUCCAGAAUCAGCAGGAUGUCAUAAACAAACUAAAAUCAGAGCAGCCUAUGAACCGUGCGGAAUGCGGUACCGCUCUGCGUUACGUAUCAUCAGCGAUAUGUAAUAGUGCAGAAUAUGCUUCACAGAGCGCUUACUUGUUGACGUUAUCCAAAGAGGACCAAAAUGAAGCAAAACUGGGCUUAGUGGAUGUGCCUUUUAUAAAGAAGUUAACAGAUUCAAUAAACGAGACCUGUGUUCAAAUUAUCUGCAACGGCAGUGAGAAAGAGACAAACGAACAGGCUGCUUUGAAUAAACAAGUACAGCAAUUGCAAGAAGCUAUAAAUAACGCUAGCUCAAAAAUGUCGGUGGAAGAUAACAAGCAGUUGAUAGGAAAUUCAAGAAAAUUACAAGAAGCUUUGAAGAAGUUGAAUCAGGCAUUGAAUUCAAACACAUUAGAGGAGGACAAAGUUACGCCGACAGCAAUGGAAGUAAUAGAUGCAAUCGACGAAAUUAACAACAGGAUUGACAAUCUGCCACAACCAAGAAUUGAUUUAGAUCCGAAAGUUUCAGCAAAUUCCAAACAAGUUCUUGACACUACAAGAAAUCUUAUGAGCAAAACCUCGAUGAUGAUAAGAAAAGCCAGCUCUUGUGAGGAGGAAGUGAUGACGUGGUUUAUGUUUGGCAGCAGUGACGUCAUCGAAGCGUUUGAAUCGCUUAUCGUUUGUCUCAGGGAGAAGGGAGCUGAAGCUGGACUAAUUGAACCGGUGCAGACGAGUGAGGAAUUAAAUGCUCCCGUUAAGAGCUACGUGCAGAUUCAAAUCGAUUCAGCAAUGUCCUGGCUCCGAAGACCAGCAUCAAAAGAGAACGUUAAGGCUGAUGGUGUGAAAGGAGCCGAAAAUAUAGUGGUCAUGGCGGAACAGAUGAACGAAGACCUUAAUGGCAGUGAGAAGGAAGAAAUGAAACAAAUAAUUGUUGAAGCGAAGCAAUUGUUAAAAGAUUGUACCGUCAAAUACAACAGCGAAAAGGCGAGUCUUUUGAUGGAACGCCUGCGGGAGCUUCGAAAGAUGUUGGAGCGAGGUGUGGUGACGAGGGUUGUAGAAGACUUCCUCGAAGAGGAACCCCUCGCCAACUUGGAGACCAUUGUCCAUAAAGAAAAUGAUGAGAAGAAACGAAAAUUCCUGCUAGAAAAGAAGAUAGCAGAACUUCUAGCACAGCUGGGUCGAGUUAAAAAGACAGCGAGAUUCGUCGCGGACACCGGCAACGUGCCCAGACACGAGCUGAUGAAGACCAGUGACCAGGUGGAGCUGUUAGCACCUUCGUUAGUUAAAGCGGCACAACAACGAGUUCAAAGCCCAGAUGAUAAGGUCGCCAUAGAGCAUUACCAAAAGCUGCUAGCCGAAUAUGCCGAUUCAUUGUCGAGGGUUCGGGAGUUGUGUGACAAAGCUGUCGAUCCAAUCGAAUUUUCGCAAGCUGCAGGAGAAACGAUGCAGCGUAUCAAAGAAGAAUCAAACAAUGAUCCUCAGAAAAGCAUUCAUUCGCCCAAAGUUAUUUUGAGGCUUUGCAAGCGAGUGGUAGACGUUGGAAUGCAUUCAGACCUCGUCCGAAAUGACCCUGAGCUGAAGAAAACUCUCAUCGACAUCAAAACGGCUGUUGAAACAAAGCAAUCGGAUACAAUGCGUGCUGAUUGGAGGGAUAUAACUGCUGAAAUUAUGAGAAGGACAGGUCAAGUGGAAUCUGUUUUGGGGGGAGAGAACAUCUUCCUGAAACAACCAGAGCCAGAUCAGCCUAUUUAUGCUGCGGCGCUGGACUUGCACUCGGCGGUGCGAGGAUGGUCGGCGCGCGACAAUGAGAUCGUGGCGGUCGCCAAGCGAACUGCAGUCCUCAUGGCGAAGCUCUCCGACUACAUGAACACGGGCAAUAAACGCGAGUUAAUAUUUACGUCGAACUCAAUCGUCGCCGAGUCCAGACAGGUCGCCGAGCUGGCCAAGAAGCUGGCUUUGGAAUGUUCAGACAUCAGAAUCAGAACUAACCUCCUGCAAGUAUGUGACCGCAUACCGACUAUCAGUGGCCAGUUGAAGAUGCUGACGACAGUAAAGAGCUCCUCUCUUGGACAUCAAGGAAGCGUAGAAGACCAAGAAGCUAUGAAUAUGCUCGUGGGUAAUGCACAAAAUCUUAUGAUCAGUAUCCAAGAAGUGGUUAAGGCUGCUGCCAGCGCUUCGGUGAAGAUCAUGUCCCAACGAGGACGCAGGAUGAAGUGGGUCCAACGAUCGUAUUACUAAGACGUGAAGCACGUUAAGGCUACUCAAAUUUUAUAAUAGUUUGCAUCGUAAUGAAUUGUGCUAUCCUACAAUAAAAUUGAGAAUAUUA